GUUAGUACUCUCAUACAUUGUGUCUAGCUUAGUUCAAUUACUUUUCAUGCUCAAUAUCUUUCUCUGCUCCCAGAAGAUGUUCUUGGCUCAAAGUUAAAUGUCGAUAUAUCAGCUUGCAAUAUGAUUUUCUGUCUGGACCCUGUCCUGCUUGAAGCUGCCCAAUCUGGGCUUUUUUCCCCCCAACCUUUCUGGUCUAAAUAUUUCUAGGCUAAUCCCGAAAAUCAACCUACCAGAGAUACAGUACGUUUAACCACUGCAUGACUCUAAGAGCAGGGAUGUCAUUGUUUCCAUUCCCCAAAGCUGAAUGUUUUCGGCCUCUCCAACUCUUGUGUGUUCUUUCCCCCAGUAUGGCUGUCAUGCCGGCUGUGUCAGAGAUCAGACAGAGGCAGGGGAUAGACCUGGCUGUGUCACGCUCGGAGACGGGCAUCUAUCACCACACGGAGUGGGCCUCGCUGUGUAGCCUACGACCACAGGGCAUAUGGCACGAUGUGACUCGCCAUGCGGCACCGGUCCUUUAGAGGAAACGCCAAGCAACACGGGGGAUUUGUAUUUUAUUUUUCGUCGAGAUGUGCUCUGAAGGGCAAGACCUUCCCAGGUUGCCUUGGUAACAGACAAUCCCGAAGCACAGAUUGGUGGACGAAGGGUUAUUUUUCCAGAUACACACUCAAGGGGGGAUGGUGUCAGGGAGGGAGCGUUGGAUUAUCCUCACGGCCGUGGACACAGUGGUGUUCAGUAGAAGAAAACACCAGGCUGUUGCUCCCGGUUCUAAGAGAUGCCACGACAAAUGGACUUAGGAGAUCCUGCGAGUUCCUUGCAGUUCUCAUGAAUGUUGUCCGGUUUUUCCCGAUUGCAUGAGUGUUUUUUUUCCCCGGGGGUUAAAAUCUGUUUUCCCCAUGUGUGUGUGUGUGUGUGUAGCAGUUAUUUUAGCUCUUCUGUCUCUGUUGACCUCCCAAUGACCCUGAGCGGAGUGCAGGUGUGCCUCUCACAGCAUUGUCAGGAAUGCUUGACUCUUCCCUCACAUCUGCCAGUCAGACCAUUCCAACCCUCAAGGUUAGGGGGGCUUCUUCCUAGGUUCACCAAACGUGCAAACAUCUCACCUGUGUGUUUUUGACUCCCUAGUGUGUUACGUCGUGGCAAAUUGAAUAAUCAAGUUUAUAACCGGGUAAAGAACAUUAGAAUAACAUUACAAUAACAAUAAACCAACAAAUGCCGGUUUGACCAAUAGGGUAUGGAAACAUGGUAGAUGUUAUACAGUCACACACAAUGUCAAGAGUUUAUUUCAUUUUUAACAAUUGUGUCAGAUUACAAUUGUUUCACAAAGAACAAAAGACCUAGAGGCCAGGUAGUGUAGAAGGCUUGGUGGUUGUAUGUCUGAAUUGUAUUGGUCUCAGGCUGACAACAAUCUCCUGAAAUACCCUAUUCCCCUUAUUCUACUAUAGCACAGUGAAGACUGCCCUGGACAAUACCAUUUGCGAUACAUAGAGAAUACGUUAUCAGACUGAGACAUUAAAACAUCACACCACACGACUGCAUGAUAUCUGGCUAGAGAAGACAAGUCUGAGAGAAGUGGAAGUCCAUGCAGAAAAUUAAAUUCAAUGUUUGCGUUUCCCCUCUGUGGGGAUUCUUUUUCAUGUUCAGAAACAUCUGUCCUUCCCUGGAGAUAUUUUGCUCUUUCUGCCCUGGAAACUCGCCUCACAGGAAACAACUUGCUAAAAUAUCCUUUAGCGUUGUUUCAUAAAUAUAGCUUGGGAUCUGUUGACUGCCGCAGCAUGAUGCUUUUCAUUUCGUUAGCCACUACUUAGUUUGCCCUGGGAGACUUUUCUGUCAGACAGUCAUUCACUUCUGAUAAAGGAAAUAUGGAUCUAUUUGAGUGAUCAGUGGAUAAAUAAAUCUGUCCUCAGUCAAUACUUUCUGUGUCAUCAGGGUUCAUGUUGACCAUUUUCCCUUCUAUCUUGAUGAACAUCAGCAAAGACAGACACACAGAGAUUGGAGAACGAUCAGACAAACUCCUUUCUUGGUAGCAACCAACAUAUAAUACACACAUUACAUUCCAGAAAAGGAACACGCGUUUCGGUUUGGCAUUGCCUUGCUUUAUGACAUUCCUGAGCCAGCACACGCAGGUUUUCCCCCCAGGAAUGUUUGUCCUUUGGGCCUGUGGGGGAGACUGGAGCUCCGACGGUUGCCGAUUCCCCUCCUGUUUCUUCUUCCCACUCCUUCCAGACACACGGACGUCUGGGACAGAGAACGCCAUGGCUCUCCACAAACUCUGCCUGCAGAUUCUCCUGCUGACCGUCGCCUUCUCCUACUGCGCUCACUCAGACGACUCAAAGGAGGGCAAGCUUCACAGACUACUAAAGAGAAGAGAAGCGGCGGUGCCGGGUGGGGUGGAGGCGGCCCCCUCCGAGGCCAAGGAGUUCCUCAGGUCCCUGCGGAGGCCCAGGAGGAACCUCUGGGAUCGGACCAGGCCAGACGUGCAGCAGUGGAUCAUGCAGUUCAUGCACAUGGGUUAUGACGAGGCGAGGCUUGAAACUGACCUGUCCUACUGGAUGGACCUCUCCCGGUCGUCUGACCAAGGGCGACAGCACCAGUAUGACGAGAACGCCCCCAUCGGGCCGCAGGACCCCAGUUCCUACAGACACGGCGCCAACGUCAAUUAUGACUACUAUUAGCCCCUGUGCUCAGGGGUCGUAGAUGUAAUUCUAUCAGCUCAAUGUGUUUGUGUGAAUUAACUUUAAUACAACUGUCCCUGUAAAUGCUCCAAUAAAAUAAGUGCCUGAAACAAAAGCCUCUGACAGUUUUCAUCACAAAUCGAA